AUGACAUCGACCAUCCAAGCACCGCACCCCUUGAGCCCGCUGCGCGCCAACGAGGUCCAUCGGGCCUCCAAAGCCCUCCUUCAGCAUCUACGCUGCGCCAAAGAACAAGUCCGGUUCAAGGUGAUUGAUCUGGCUGAGCCACCGAAGCAUCUAUGUCUGAGCUAUCUUUAUGAGAAUGGGCCAGUCCCAGACCGCAAGGCCCGGGUCUACUUUCAUCGGAAGAACAGCACGACUCUGUCCGUUGCUAUUGUGAACAUCACCCGGUUGGCGGUCGAAAAGGACUACGACGUGCCUGAUGCGCAGGGAGCAGUCGACUGGGUCGAGUAUGAGCUUGUCCACAAUGCUUGUCUGGAGCAUCCUGAGGUCAAGGCCGAGGUUGCAAAGCUCAAGCUGCCUCCUAAUUGCAAAGUUCUCAACGACCCAUGGGCGUAUGGGACUGACGACCCUAAUGAACGACGCCGCCUGUUCCAGUGCUACAUGUACGCUGCGCUCAGCGACGACCCUGAAGCCAACCACUACUCUAUACCGCUGCCGCUGGCACCAAUUUUUGACGCCAAUACUCUCGAACUCGUGGCUCUCGAACGUCUCCCAAUGGGCGAGACUGCAGAUCUAGACCCUGAAACGCAGCCAUGGGAGCCCGUCGAGCCCGUCGAAUACAGCACUGGCAUUCUAGGCCCAGACGCCUUCCGCAAGGACGUGAAGCCCCUGCAGGUGUCUCAACCCCAGGGACCCUCGUUCAGCAUCACCGACCACCACAUCGAAUGGCAAAAAUGGUCCUUCGUGCUUGGCUGGACCCUCCGUGAAGGCCCUGUCCUGCACGACAUCAAAUAUGACAACAGACCCCUAUUCUACCGCGUCUCCAUGUCCGAAAUGACCGUCCCCUACGGCGACCCUCGCUCGCCCUACCACCGCAAACAGGCCUUCGAUCUGGGCGACUCUGGCUUCGGCCUCACAUCCAACACCCUCUCGCUAGGCUGCGACUGUCUCGGCCACAUCGCCUACUUCAACGGCAUCCGCGCCUCGCCCGACGGCCUGCCAGUCGCCAUGCCCAACGUCGUCUGCAUGCACGAAGUCGACGACGGCAUCGGCUGGAAACACACCAACUUCCGCAACGGCAAGACGUCUGUCGUGCGAGACCGCAAGCUCGUCAUCCAGUGCACCGCCACCGUCGCGAACUACGAGUACAUCCUAGCCUUUGUCCUCGACCAGGCUGCUAACCUGCACAUCGAGCUCCGCGCGACGGGCAUCCUCUCGACUAUGCCCAUUCGUUCGAACACGAAGGUUCCUUGGGGUACUGUCGUCGCGCCGGGCGUUCUCGCCGUUAACCACCAGCAUAUAUUCUGCGCGCGUAUCGACCCUUUCAUAGACGGGGCGAGGGAGAAUACCAUCGUCCAUGAGGACUGCAUCCCAGUCCCACAGGACCCAACCCACAACCCACCCGGCUGCGCAUUCAAAGUACACACAACCCCAAUCACCAAACCAGGUGGAUACGACCUCGACCUAACAAAGAACCGCACAUACAAGAUCCUCAACGAAGCCCGAACGAACCCCGUAUCCGGCCAGCCAGUCGGGUACAAGCUCCACGCCAUCCCGAGCCAGAUGCUCAUGAUGGACCCCGAGACAUUCAACUACCGGCGGGGCGUAUUCUCGGCCAAACCGAUCUGGGUGACCAAGUACCGCGACGAUGAACUCUGGGCUGCGGGCGAGUUUACGAACCAGAGUCGUGAGGAUACGGGGUUGGCGAAGUGGGCUGCCCGACAUGAUGACGGGGUGAGGAGUGAGGAUGUGGUGCUUUGGCAUAGUUUUGGGAUUACGCACGUUACUAGGCCGGAAGAUUUCCCGGUCAUGCCGAAUGAGAAGAUGAGCAUGGUGCUCAAACCGGUGAGCUUCUUUGAGCUGAACCCGUCGAACGAUGUGCCGAGAUCGAAUCAGAGGGAUAACCAGUCUACUCUACAUCAGAGGGCUGAGGAUGCUGAAAGCUGUUGUGCAAGGGAGUCUAACUUGUAA